CACUAUCAGAGCUGACGCAUAAACCAGGCGCUCGGGUGAAACGCUGUGGCCAUUUCCCUCUCUGCCACCUGCAACCUCACGCCAAACCGAGGGGACGCAACCAAGACCUGGUACCUGCGAAUAUGGGCCGCCAAGUGUGAACGGAGGAUUGACUUUUUCUCACUUGCUAUGACUCUCAGCGAAGAGGAGGUUUGCCAAAUGUGAGCCAGAAUCUACAAACAACAAAGCAGAGAGACAAAGAACCAGAGCUGAGGAGACUCACGGAGCAACAGAAUAUCUGCCAACUCUACCACUCAAAUUGAAGGGACAUCAAUGAACGUUUUGAGGACAUAAACCUCACAUCCGUGACAGAAUGCUUUAAAGACAGUGACUCAUAUCGCGCUCCUUCACCAGAGAUAAGAGGCUCUUACUGAGGCGAUCCCGCAACAAAAGAAACUCAUUCAAACCACAGAGAGGGUGACUUCGUCAUGGAUAUUUUUGGAGGUGCUCCUCGUGUUUUGGGCUACCCACGCCCUGUGGUGGCACAUUGUGGCUCAGACACCACACUGAGGUGCCAAAUUGGUGGGGACCCUCGUCCCGAUGUGAUCUGGGAGCGUAAAAACAUCCAGAUUGUGUCUGAUGGACACUGCAAGCUCUCCGAGGAUGGAAAAGCGUACCUGCUGACCAUUACUGGAGUAACUCUGCAGGAUGCUGGCCAGUACAUUUGCAAGGCCAAAAAUAGCAUAGGUGAAACUUAUGCUGCAGCCUCACUCAAAGUGGAAGGAGAGGCCCAGCCACAGGAAGGGGGGCAAACGCAAUUAGGAGUCAAUGGUAUGCAGCAACCACUGAGAGAAAAUGGAGAAUUUGAAGGACACCAGAAUGGCUACUGCACAGGGGAAAAUGGUGAACACAAGAAAGAAAAUGGAGAGGAGCUGAAGUUAAGUGAAAAACGAGAGGAGGUUGAUUUAGUGUCUGAUGACAAACCUCGAUUCCUCAUCAAGCCCCUCUCUUUGCGCGUGGAUCGGGGAGAAGAUGCUGCCUUCUCCUGCAAAAUCUGGGGCACUCUGCCUGAGGUGACGUGGGAGAAAGACGGGAAGAAGCUCAGUGACAUCUUCGAGAGUGCACACUUCAGCGUCAGCAAUCAAGAUGGCGGCUGGUUCCAGCUCAAGAUCUACAGGACGCGCAUGCCAGACAAAGGUGUCUACACCUGCAGGGCCGUCAACAGCCACGGCCAGGCCUUGGCUGGCGCCGUCCUUCUUGUCGAGCCCGUACCGGAACGAGAGGAGGGUAAAAUGUCCUCAAACGGUCACGCUAACAGUCAGUGGUCGCUGAAGCACAGGGGCGGGAGGCUCAGUUUGUUGAGGGUCAUAGAGGAGCCGCCUGUCAGAGCCUCUAAAGCCAAGAAGUUUGCAGUGGCCGAGGGGAAGCACGCCAAGUUCCGCUGCUUUGUGACAGGGAAGCCCAAGCCAGAGAUCAUUUGGAAGAAAGACGGGGUUCCCCUAGAACCCGGGAGACGUCAUCUGAUAUUUGAGGACCGAGAGGGUUACUACACGCUGAAGGUUCUGUACUGUAAAGUGCAAGAUACGGGACUGUAUGUGUGUGCAGCAUCAAACGCUCUUGGAAACACCCUCAGUGCUGUUCACCUGUCCGUCAAAGGCCCAGCGGUGCGCUUCAGGCGUCCAUUAAAAGAUGUAGAGGUGAGGGAGAGGGACGUCGCCGUGCUGGAGUGUGAGGUGCCCGAUGAAUCGCUCCCAUCUGCCUGGUACCUGGAGGACCAGCGGCUGAUGCCCAGCAGUAAAUACGGGAUGGAGCAGAAAGGAGCCACACGGACACUGACCGUCCAUGAUGUUGGGACGGACGACGAUGGAGUGUAUCUCUGCGAGAUGCCAGAUGGAGCAAAGAGCAUUGCAGAGCUGUCAGUUAAAGGGACUAUUGUUCGUAAACUUCAGCGGAAGUUGGAGGUCCUGGAGGGUGAGAACGCGACGUUCUGUGUGGAGGUGGACAGCGACGACAUGGAGAUCCACUGGUUCAAAGACGGUUUGAAGCUGCACGAGUCUCAUCACACGAUCCUCAAGUCUUUCGGCAAAACUCACAUUCUGGUUUUUGUCAACGUGGCCUAUCAAGACUCGGGGGUAGUCACCUUUGUCGCAGGAAGUUCCAAGACCUCAUCGCGUCUCAAAGUCAAAGCCACAAGACAUUGCCCUCCUAUCUGCCCUGUGGAAGUGAAAAUGGAUGUGGACCGACCCAACAGCACCCUGCUCACCUGGGUUCCUGCCCCCAACAGCCAGACCUCCACCCGAUCCAUCUUUGUCGUGGAGAGACAGGAAGUGGGCUCCCAAGAGUGGCAGAAGUGUUUCACCUCAGACGACACCACCUCAGCCGAGAUCACCAGCGACAGCGUGCCGUGCGAAGGCGACUACCGGUUCCGUGUCUGUUGCAUCAAUAAGUAUGGGCGAAGCGGCCAUGUGGAGUUUCCCAAAGCUGUCCACCUGGUUCCUGGACCAAAGAUCUGCUGCAGGCUCAAAGGCUGUGAGGUUGUGGAAGGAGAAGACGCUCCCUUCUCCAUCGAAUUGUCCGUCCCGAUGGUUGGAACCUGGUUUCUGAACAGCACUCAACUGCAGCACGGCGGACGAUACUCAAUACAACAGUCCCAAACACAGCACUCACUGGUUAUCCGUGAAACUAGCACAACAGAGGACACAGCAGAAGUCACGUUCAUAGCCAAUGGAGUCAGGGAUUCAGCUGUGCUCGAGGUUAAACCUGCGGUGAUGAAAUUCAGUCCUCUGUCAGACUUCGACAGCAACAAGAGGGUGGACAUUAGUGACCCCAUUGUUCUCUACUGCGAAGUCUCCCACCCCCUCGCUAAAGUAACCUGGUUCAAAGAUGGCAUUGAGCUGCAGGUGACCGAUGGCCUCAACAUCCAGUCAGAUGGGAACAUGAGGAGGAUUGUGAUUCAAUCAGCUGAUGCAUCUCACUCUGGAGUUUAUUCAUGUGAAAGUUCAGGAGAUGUCAUCAAAUUCAACGUGGACGUUGCAGGUCGCGCGGUGGAGUUCAAGCCGGUCUCAGAGGAGGAGCUCCAUAAGAGCGGCAUGGAGCUGGACCCCGUGGUGCUGCUCUGCCAUGUCUCCACAGACGAUGCCGAAGUUGUGUGGUAUAAGGACGGCUGUGAGAUCCAGCCCACUGACAACAUCACGCUGCAGGCAGAGGGAAGCCUGAGGAGGCUGAUCAUCCGCUCUGCUGACACCUCAGAUGCUGGCAGCUACACUUGCCAGGCAGGAAACAAUAGCAUGGAGUUCACCGUCAAUGUCAGAGAGCCUCCAGUGAUGAUUGUGGAACCUAAGGAUGAUAUUGUGAUGGAGAGCUAUAUCUCAGAGGAGAUCCACCUGCAGUGCGAGUUGUCUCGUUCCAUUGGGAAGGUGCGGUGGUUGAAGGAAGGCCAGGAGGUGGAGGAAGGGGACAACAUCCAGCUGAUAUGUGAGGGUCCUUACAGGAGGCUGACCAUCCUCAGCGGCUCGGUGGAGGACGGUGGAGAGUAUGUCUGUGAAACAGAUGGAGACUCUGUCUUUUUCCAGCUUAGUGUCAAGGAGCCGCUGGUAAGAAUCGUUUCCCCCAGUGAAUCAGAGCUGGAACUGACUCAUUUGGCCUCCGAGAGGCUGGAGCUCACCUGUGAGAUCUCCCAGGCGGACGCCCCAGUCUGGUGGUACAGAGACGGCCUGGAGGUCGAGGAGAGUCAGAACUUGAUCCUGGAGGUGGAUGGGGCCCGACGCCGGCUGAUUAUACCCAUAACCACUGUGGACGACACAGGGGAGUAUGUAUGUGACACUGAAAAUGACUCUGUGGCCUUCCUGGUCACUAUUGCAGAGCCACUAGUGACGCUUACUCGUCCCAAAAACACGCCGGACACACUGGAGAGUUUUCCCGGCGAACCGAUCGUGCUGGAGAUCGAAGUGUCCCGGUUCAGCGCUGAAGUCGUGUGGUGGCUGAAUGGCAGAGAAGUAGAGGAGAGCAGUAACGUCUCCAUCACAGAGGACGGGCUCGUCCAUCGUCUGACCAUCCACUGUCCCACCCCAGAGGAUUCUGGGAAAUACACCUGUGACGCUGUUGAUGACAAAAUUGAUUUCCAGGUCAAAGUUUCAGAGCCUCCUGUGAAGAUCCUGAGAAAGACAGAGAUUAAGACACAUCUUAAAUCCAUGAUUUCUGAUGAGAUCGUGCUGGAGUGUGAGCUCUCCAGAGCCGAUGCCGUCACCAAAUGGUACAAAGGUAACUGUCGCGUUGGGGGCGAUGAAAGGUUCUGCGAAGAGGAAGAAGGUGCUUUCCGCUCAUUGGUCAUCCUAAACGCUGAACUCGGAGACUCAGGAGAGUACUUCCUGGAUGCUGGAGACGACAAUAUCAGCUUCCAGGUUACGGUACAAGAGCCUCCAGUGACAAUUUUGGGCAACUCAAAUGACCCUGACUCCCAGGAGAUGGUGGCAGGGGACGACCUGAUCCUGGCCUGUGAAGUGUCCCGUGCCAACGCCCCCGUUCAGUGGUACUGCAAUGACAAGCUGCUCACCAGUGACCCCCGGACCUACAUUGAGAGCUCCGGCACGCUGAGGAAAAUGAUCAUCUCAAAUGUCCAGGCCUCAGAUUCUGGGAAGUACGUGUGUGAUGCUGCGGACGAGAAGAUGAUCAGCGUUGUCAGGAUUCAAGAGCCCGCAGUAACGUUCGUAAACAAGGAGGAUGACAUUGUCGUGACAGGGUAUGAAGCAGAGAGCGUAACAUUGACGAGCUACGUGUCCAAGGAAAGCGCUCUUGUGCGUUGGAUGAAAGACUGGACGCCUGUGGAAGGCGAACGUUCCCGAGCACUCACGGAGGGCCAUAAACGCACCCUUACCAUCGAGCCUUUGAGGCGCUCUGAUGCUGGAGAGUACACCUGCGAUGCCAACACGGACCAGAUCCACUUCAGCUUGCUGGUGAAAGAAAUGAGAAUCAAGUUUGUGAGGCCACUCCGAGACACGGUGGCUCACGCUGACGGUAUGGUGACCCUUCACUGUGAGGUUUGCAAGCCUAAAGCAGACGUCCAGUGGCUGAGGAAUGGCGUGGAGUUGGUGGCGAGCAGGAGGAUCACCAUUCGGGCGGACGGUCUGGAGCGAAGCUUGACCCUCCACCGUUUAACCAGAGAGGAUGCUGGGGAGUACGUCUGUGAGUCCAGAGAUGACCGGACCGUGGCGGCGCUGAGAGUAGAGUUGCCUCGGGUGGUGGAGUUCCUCACAGAGCUCCACAACACCACUGUGCUUGAAGGAGAAGACGCCACCUUCAAGUGUGUGGUUUCCCCUGAGGAUGUCCAGCUGGUCUGGCUCAUGGACAACGAGGCCAUCACUCUUGGUGAUCGUUUCUGGCCAAAUCAGAACGGCCUGUGCCACACUUUGGUUAUCAAGAAAUGCCAGAUGUUGGACUGUUCGAAGAUUACGGCAGAGGCCGAGGGACAGAUCAGCAAAGCCAGCCUCAAAGUUCAGGAGGCUCAGGUCAUGUUUACUAAGAAAAUGGAGGCCGUCAUGGCGGAAGAGUUUGGCGACGCCACCCUGGAGACAGAGAUCGGCCUUGAGAUGGGAGAGGUCCAGUGGAUGAGGCAAGGGGUGGUCAUCCAGCCCGGUCCCCGACACACGCUGGCCCAGAACGGCUGUAAACGCAGUCUGAUCAUCCAAAACCUGACUCUGUCAGACCGGGGAACCUAUCGCUGCGAGACUCUGCACGACCGGACGCAGGUCAAGCUCAAUGUAGAACCUCGUAAAAUCUCCAUCCGUAAAGGCCUGACUGACCAAGAAACCGUUGAACGUGAGACCGCCUCCUUCGAGGUGGAGCUCUCCCACACGGAUGUGGAGGGAAUCUGGCAGAAGGACGGCAUCCGGGUGAAACCGAACAACCAGUGGCGGGUGAGCACCAACGGGCUGGUCCACGGCCUCACCCUGUCCAACCUCACCCUCGAGGACACGGGCACCAUCGUCUUCUCCGCUGAAGGGGUGCGCACCGCUGCCAGGCUCACUGUCAAAGAGACUCCGGUGUCUAUCCUGAGGACGCUAGCCGACGUCCGUGUGGAGGAGGAAUUUCCAACCACUCUGGAGUGUGAAUUCUCCAGACAGAACAUCGAAGUCAAAUGGCAAAAGAACGGGACGGAGCUGAAGCCGGGGCAGAACUGUCGGAUCUACUCCAUGGGCCGCAAGCGGUUCUGUCAGAUCAUGCAGUGCUGCCGGGCGGACUCUGGUACCUACACAUGUGACACAGGGGAUAUCAACACUUCCUGUUCACUGGAGGUUUAUGAGCAUAAAUUGGAGAUAGUGCACAACCUGGAGGACCUUUACAUUCAGGAGGACCAGAACGCCGUCUUCAUGUGUGAGGUUUCUCUGGAGAACGUUCCUGGGGAGUGGUACAAAGACGGCCACAAGAUCCGGCCCACUGGCGCCAUCAAGAUCCGCACUGAAGGGACCAAACACUUCCUACUGAUGUGUAACGUCGAUGCUGAGGAUGCUGGGGAGAUCCGCUUUGUAGCCAAGGAUGUUGAAUCUACAGCUUCCUUAGAAAUAGAAGAACUCCCUGUUUCUAUUGUAAAACCCCUGCGAGAUCGGACAGCCCUGGAGAAACACCGCGUGAUCCUCGAAUGCACCGUUUCCACGCCUCGCUCCAGCGCCGUCUGGUACAAGGGCAGCGAGGAGCUGGUUCCCUCAGAUCGGGUGGAGAUCCUGGCCGACGGAUGCUCCCACAAACUGGUGAUCCAGCAGGUGGCUGUGGAGGAUGAGGACACCUACAGCAUCGAGAUCGGGGAGCACACAUCCAAAGCCAAACUGAUGGUGGAAGCCCAAGCUCUCGUCAUGGUCACAGAGCUCGAGGACGUGGAGGUAACCGAGCCUGAGCCUGCAUCCUUCCAGUGCGAGGUGUCCGUCGCCAUAAACAGGCCCCCUCUUUGGACUCUGAACGGGGAGACCCUUCAGCACGGCCCCUCUGUCCACCUGGAAAACCACGGGACGGUCCACAAACUCACUCUGAAACACACCAGCGCCGACAUGAGCGGGGUGGUGAAGUUCACCACAGGCAAGGCCAAGAGCAGUGCCACGCUCAGCGUCACGGAGACUUAGAGGAAGAGAGAGAAAGUGAGUCUGAGACAAAGAAAGAAACUGAAACUUUUCAACAUCCAUUUGUCAUGUUUGGAUAACCUGCAUUAGCCCUGUUCUGAUUUUCUUUCAAAUUGAGGGGAUUCAGUGACGCCAAGUUAUUCCUUUUUUUACUGUGUAGUCUAUAUUUAUUUGCCUGAUUUCUAAUUGACUUUAUAUUCUUGUAUUCUGAUGAAAAUUACCCAAAAUAAAACAAUAAUUAUAUGGUAUCAACUACAUGUCAUUUAUGUUCUCUGAAUAGACACAAACUAUUUGGUAACAUCAAACAUAUCAAUGCUAAAUAAACUGUGAUAUUUUUGCAUUAUAAUGUAACGUUAAAAUUGCAUUCAGCUGCAUUUGUUAAUUAUUAAAUUAUUGAGCUUCAACCACUCAUAAAUGCCAUAUCUAAAUAAUAAUAAUGUUUUACUAAUAUCUAAUUGGUAAAUAGAUAAGGGAGAGGAAAUAUGCCCCCCAAAAUUACUAAAAACUCAUUUAAUUUACGCUGUGUGAGCUAAGACGCACAAUAAGCUUAAUUCUCCUAAAAAAUAAUUAACC